ACCUCCCCUUUAAGAGACUGUCCCUUUAACAAACUUAACCUGGACACACCUGAACUUCAAACUACAGGAGUUUCAAUAUAGUAGAGGAAAACCUAUACCGAAAGAACAACAUCCUGUCCUGAAAUAUGGGGACACUGGCCAUGGACCCUCCUGGGCCAGCAGCGGUGCCCCAAACGCCUCAGUGGGUAGCAGAUGUGAACAGGGUAACAAAGGAUGUGAACAGCACUGAGGAGGGAGAGGAAGAAGAGGAAAUGAUCAAAUCUGCAAAUAUGGAACCCAGUACCCUACAAUGGCCUGAGAAUAAACCCGAACCACAGAUUCUGCCAGUCAAAGGUGGAGAGAGCACAAGCGUUAAAUCAGAUUGCAUCUGCAGGGGUGGAGUGAGCCGGACGGAGAGCGAGAGGGAGGAAUUUGGGCUGAGAGAGAAGAAGACAGGUGAGGGAUGGAGGAGGAUGGAAGCAGGGAAAGAAAGUGUUUCUGACACUGAGCUGAAAAACAGAGUGAAAAGCACCUGCUCAGAGAUCGAGGGGGAGGAGGUGAACAUCAUGCCACAGAACGCAGCCCGAGUCUUCAGCCCCAGCAUCACCAUCCUGCGCUCCACCAGCCAGCAGGAGGCUGCAGACCACUGGAGAGAUGAAAACGAAGAAGAGAGGAGCCCCUUCCUAGGGACACAUGGAACACCACUAGAAGAGUAUUACAACGACUGGCCCAUCACUCCCAAAUCACGUUGCUGUGGCUUUGGUGGAUCUAAUCGUGAUGCUCUUAAACUGGGUGCAUCCAUGUUCACCUCUGCCCUGAUCUUCCCCUUGUUGGUGUGGGGCAGCUAUGUCUUCCUGCCCUUUGAUGCUCCUCUGCUCGACAGCGCCCCCCUACGGCUGGUCUACACACUGCGCUGCUCUGUUUUUGCAGUCAUACCUAUUGUCCUUGGUAUGUUGGUAUUAGGUGUGUCCCGUCUGUGGUAUCGAUCCUUGAAGCCACGGUUUGAGGGGGAGAUGGAAGUUAAGCAGGUGGCAGUUCACCAGCGCUAUGUGGAGGACUCCGUCUCCCUCUUUCUGCUUUACUUCCUCCAACUGGCUGUCAUGGCUGCCUACCUGAAUCAGGAUCUGCUUAAACUAGUUCCUCUUCUCACCAUCGUUUUUGCCUUUGGCAGAUUACUGUACUGGGUCGCAGCAGCUUGUGACAGCAGUUUGAGAGGUGUUGGCUUUGGGUUCUCAUUUCUGCCAAUGCUGGUUAUGCUGGUGGCCAACCUCCAUUUCAUCUUCCUCUCUGAAUCUGCAGGCUCCAUCUUUGCCCCAGACAUCCCAGAACCACCUGUUCCUCCAACCAAACAGCGGUUCUGGGGCUAGACAUGCCACAUCUGACAUUUCUGCUACUGCCAAAUGUAGACCAGAUCUCUUUAGGCUUGGAGCCAUCUUAAAUUAGACUAUAAGAAAUUUGGGUCUGAGAACGUUUAAUCCAACUGUGAUUUCAUUUUCCUCUCCUGUUCUUUGCUUUCCUGAGUACAUUUAUAUCAUGACCAGGUGGGUUGAAAUUGCCAGAAAUCCAGUCAAAGGAAAGAGAGGAGGGUAGAAUAAAGGGGGAAUCUGUUUUUUUUUUCUUUUGAACUAACAUAUAAAUAGAAGUUGUGUAGUGAAACUUGAGACACUAAACUACAAAUUAAAAUGAGCUAGCUACCCUUUAUUGCAGCCAAACAUGAGCA